CAAUCUCAACGUUUAAGAUUUAUGAAAACUUUGGUUAACUAACAGUCAAAGCUAAAGAAAACUACCGGUCUUCUCUUUCCCUUGUUCUGCUUCACGUUUCCGAAUGACAGUCUCGCUUUUGGUUUCUUUGGUCUACAACCCUCUCCUUCACCGUCCUAGUAUCCUUCUUUUGGUCUUGCAUAAUCUUUUAUCAACCUAGCAACAUGUCGAAGCCUGGAAAUAAGAUCAUUCAAGCCAAGCUGGUGGGUUCUUCUUGGGGAUAUGGGAACUGGCAAGACCAGUUUAGUGUUAAGAUUUGUAAAAGGCCAAUUCUUUCAUAACCAGGAACCAACCAUAGGAGCUGCUUUUUUCACUCAAAUAUUAUCACUGUCUGAAGCUACUGUGAAGUUCGACAUAUGGGACACAGCAGGACAAGAAAGAUAUCACAGCCUGGCUCCUAUGUAUUACCGUGGAGCAGCAGCCGCUAUCGUUGUGUAUGACUUGUCAAGUGUUGAUACAUUCGUUCGAGCCAAAAAAUGGGUCCGUGAAUUGCAAAGGCACGGAAGUCAAAAGUUGGUGAUGGCAUUGGUGGCAAACAAAUGUGACUUGGAACAAACAAGAGAGGUUGAAUAUGAGGAAGGUGAGCAAUUUGCCCUGGAGAAUGGAAUGUUUUACAUGGAAACGUCUGCUUUGACUGCAGAGAACAUCAAUGAACUUUUCUAUGAAAUAGCAAAGAGACUAGCAAGACUAUUGCCCCCAAAACCUACAGGGGUGAAUCUCAACGAUGUACAAGAUAGAAGAAGAAAACUCUUCUGUUGCUCAGCAUGAGUGACAUCCCUAUGUGUAUCACCACCAUCACCAUCACGGUCCCCUCACUUUCAUGUGAAAUACAUCAUUUUCUGAAUAUAUUGAACUCCUCCAGAGGAGGUUCUUAUUUCUUGUAAUUUACUUCUGAUUUGGACUCUUGUUCCUGCAGUCUUCUUUCAAGUUAUAUCAUGCAUUUUCUAAUUGUUCA